UAACAUUAUCAACAGUUCCAUCGUUUUCACCUGAAAUAAGGGAAAUAAGGCACGAAAUACCUUCAUUAAUAACAUCACAUACGAAUUUAACAUUUCCAACAUCACCACAUACGAAUUCAACAUUUCCAACAUCACCACACACGAAUUCAACAUUUCCAACAUCAUUACAUACGAAUUCAACAUUUCCAACAUCAUCACAUACGAAUUCAACAACAUCAUCACAUACGAAUUUAACAUUUCCAACAUCAUCAAAAACAUUACCUUUACCAACCAAUAUUAAUAACGUUAAAACACUUGAAACAUGGAUAACAAAAUUCGAAACACAUUCUAUAAUAUCAAGAAGAACAUGUGCAAAAUUUUCAAUAGAAUUUAGAGAAGAUAGUAAAUGUUUUCCAUUUUUAGGAUGUUUUGUACCAAUAUUUGAAUCUAUUAAUCAACUUGGAAGAAAUAAUAUUAUAACAUCAAAAGAAUGUUUAGAUUUUGCACUUCGAGAAGAACUUUUAUUAACACAACCUAUAGUACUUCAUGAAUCAUUAGAUGAACCUUUAACAAUAUUAUUAAAAGAAAUAUUGUUACCAAUAGAAAAAAAACAUUUAUGUGAUUAUUUGUGGGCACCAAAAGAUGAAUUUGAAGAAUAUGAACGUAUUAUGAGUGAAAUUAGUUUAAUUGAAGGUUCAAGAGUUAGUCAACUUGAACAUAUGAUAGUUGGAGAAAAGAUGGCAAAA